GGGAAACAACACGGCCUUGGACGCCUUCAGCUUCACACGUCGUCAUCUUCACACAGAAGUAGCCUCAUUUUUUACUUUUACUCGCCUUUUCCGCGUUUUGGUUAACGGCGUUAUUAAUGUGGUGUUAAGAUGGUUUUAGGCUUUAAGAUGCUGUAAAGUCAUCUCACACUCUGGAUAUUCGACUACAAAGAAUUCUCUAACGUCCAGUUCGAGAGGCUGCGAUGCUCUCAGCGAGGGAGAAAGAGCUCAUUGCAGAGAUAUGGGAUAGACUGACUCCUGUGGCAGAAGAUAUUGGAGCAGAGGCGCUUCUUAGGAUGUUUGCUACUGAACCAGGUUCCAAGACAUACUUUUCCCAUCUUGACAUCAGCCCAAGCUCUGCUCACCUGCGCUCUCACGGAAAGAAGAUUGUUCUGGCCAUUGCAGAGGGAGCCAAAGACAUCAGCCAGCUGGCCGUCACCCUGGGUCCUCUGCAAACCCUGCACGCUUACCAACUCCGGAUAGACCCCACCAACUUCAAGUUCUUCUCACACUGUAUGCUCGUCACCCUGGCAGCUCACAUGCGCAACGACUUCACACCAGUUGCACACGCAGCAAUGGACAAGUACCUGUCGGCUUUCGCAGCCGUGCUCGCCGAGAAAUUCAGAUGAGAACCAAAGUAUUUGAACCAAUUAGGAUGUCAUACAAUGUGAGGUAUUUAUUUAUGAAUGUGUAGUUGUUAUAAUGCAAUAUUUUGUAAUAAUAAAAAUGUGAAACUAACAAUUUUCCUGUUGUGUUGUACCAUAUAAUGUCCAUAUAAAGGACCAACCACGGGCCAAACCUAUGUUUUUGCAUGUGUUAUCCCAUUUAUUACAAAUGAUGUAAUGAUGCCCAUUUUCAAAACACAACACGCAUUAUUAGAUUGCAAUGCUGUGUGUAAUUCAACUCAAAGACAUUUGAAAUCCCUGCAAGUUGAUUUGUAUACUAUACUAUCUUAAAUGGAAAAAAAAAAAAAAUGACAACUUGAAACACAGGGAAUCUGAUCUGAUAUUUAUAAUUGUAAUUUGGGUGUCCUUAAUACAACAAUGAUGAACUAAUACGUACAUAACUUUGUAUGUUUACUGGAAGUGAAUGUGUACCUUAGGUGUAGGGCAGUGUUUUAGAAAAUUAUUUUUGAGAAAUAACGCCGGAUGUUUGACCAUUUUUGUCUUUAAAAUUGUAACAAUUUUUGAAAGUCUAAAUAAAGCAGCAGUAAUUUGUAUAAACUUGAAACAAUAUGAAAGCUGCGAUGCAAGAA